AUGAUCGCCACUGCUAGUCAAAUAACCGCUGUAAUUCUGGUUUUGAUAGCGUACAUCAAAGCAGAAAUAUGUGAUCUUGACUGCGGUCCGGGUCAGACAUGCAGGAUGUCACGUGCUGUGUGCGAGUAUCCGCCCUGCCCUUACUUCCCAACGUGUAUUCCGGAGAAAUCUACGGAAAACAAACAGGGCCAAAACGAGUUCAUCAAAUCGAACGUGCAACGCCACCCAUCCUUACGCUUUUUGCUUCAGUCAUCCAACUCUCUUAUACAUAACACCCGAGCAGGGGAGUGCCCUGCACCCAGUGGAACUGGACCUUGUAUUACUACUUGCGCGUCAGAUUCCGAGUGCCCUUUUGCUCAAAAGUGCUGUAGUACAGGGUGUGGAAGGACAUGUCGGCCGACUGCGAACAAUGCAGUAGAAAAACCUGGCACUUGCGCUCGACAUCUCGAAAGCCGGACGUUCGGUUGCAGACGCGAAUGCAGUAUUGAUACUGAUUGCCCCGGCUUCCAGAAGUGUUGUGACACUCAAUGCGGUGCUAAAUGCUCCGUCCCUUGCUACUACUGGCUUGAGCCCAACCAGAGAUCCAGUCGAAAACUCGCGCUGUCCAAAUUACCAUUCUUUUGCAGGAUUUAAAUAUAAGCAUUUCCUCCUUUGUUUAUAUUUCAUAAUGGC